AUUUCCAACACUUUCCCCCACACUGCAAAAACUUUCUCCGGCGGGUUUUGGAGACAUUACCGGAGAACGGCGCCACUUCGUUCACCGUGAUUUUCCUAUUUCAGUCGUUGACUCCUUCACUGCUUAUGUUAAGGAUCAUCGCAGCAAUCCUCUACUUGUGAUCGAUUCUCUCUAUUUGUGAAGGUGCACUGGUUCUUGAGCUGGUGUUGAAAUAAUGGGUAGUUCAUUUAACGCUCAGAUUUUAGUUGAGAAGCUUGCCAAGCUCAACAAUUCUCAAGCAAGCAUAGAGACUUUAUCACAUUGGUGUAUCUUUCACAUGAACAAGGCGAGACAUGUUGUAGAAACAUGGGGUAGACAAUUUCACUGUGCCCCACGUGAUCAACGUGUGGCGUACUUGCACCUUGCGAAUGAUAUCUUGCAAAAUAGUAGGCGAAAGGGUUCUGAGUUUGUAGGUGAGUUCUGGAAAGUACUCCCUGAGGCUCUUCGUGAUGUGAUUGAAAAUGGUGAUGACUUUGGAAGAAAAUCUGCACGUCGAUUGGUUAAUAUAUGGGAAGAAAGGAAAGUCUUUGGAUCCCGUGGACAAAUUCUCAAAGAAGAACUUCUGGGAAGGCAGCCUGACAAUGGAACCAGAAAUGGAACUCUUGUGCCGCUUAAGCUAUCUGUUCAACAGAGACCGGCAAAUGGAUCUACACUGGAGAAAGUAGUGUCUGCUGUUGAAGUGCUUCACGGCGUUCACUUUGAUGAGGAUGCAAUUGUUGGAAAAUGUACUAAUGCUGCUGGUUACCUUGAGAAAGCAACAGAAGAGCUUGAGAGAGAUCUUAGUUCAGGACACACCCCUGGACCCGCUGUUGUAAAGGAGGUGCAGGGACAGCAUGCCAUUCUGAGAGACUGCAUCGAACAGUUAGGGACAAUGGAGACAUCCAGAACAAGUCUUAUCUCCCACUUGAGAGAGGCUUUACAAGAACAGGAACUCAAGCUGGAGCAAGUUCGUAACCAUCUUCAGAUUGCUCGGUUUCAAUCAGACCGAACUGGUGAUCUCUGCAGACAGCUUCUGGACCAUGGUGGUAGUUCGCAGCCUCCUGCUACAGAAAAAGAAGCGUCAAACGGAGCCAUCAUAGGUUCAUCUGCUGCAGCAGCACCACCACAAAGCUUCACACACAGUGAUGUAGAACAAUCUGCUCCGGUUAUGUUUGCUUCAAACCCUACUCAAUCAGUUGAAGACCCAAGAAAAACCGCAGCAGCCGCAGUGGUAGCUAAGCUAACUGCAUCAACUUCCUCAGCAGAGAUGCUCUCCUACGUUCUCUCCUCAUUAGCCUCUGAAGGCAUCAUUGGAAACAACAACGCACCUGCUGUUUCAGAAUCUCCAUCAUCCGUUGAUUACCCACCAGAGAAAAGACCCAAGGUUCAAAACCAUGACCAGUCCUAUAUCCCACCGCACCAACAGAAUGCUGCAACAACAUCCUCCAGCACGCCCCCACCACCACUUCCACCGCCACCACCACCAUCGUUCCAGCUUCAACCUCAGUUUUUGCAGCCCUUACAGCCUCCCGGGCCUGUAAACCAGACACCAUUCAACUACACCAUGGCAACCACACAACAACAACAACAACAACAAGGUCCUUGGGUUCCUGGGCUUACUCCACUCUCAACAACCACCUCUGCUCCAUCCGAUAAUUCAUACCAGAAGUUUCAAGGACAAGAUGGUUUCUAUGGGAUUAAUUCAUCAGUGCCUAUGACACCUGUUACCCGGCAGUAGAGUAAAUCUGUUUCUAUAGGAGUUCGUUCAUAUAGCAAAGAGCUCACUCUUUUUUUUUCUGGUUUUCUGUGUUAAAUAUAGUUUCAAUGGGAUUUUGAUUAGGAUUUUAUGUUCUGAAAGAUGUGCUGUGAAUGCUUUCUAAUUGUGCGUACGCCUAAUUAAAGGCUUCUGUAAACAUUUAAGAAAAAAAAACAAAAUCUUUUACUUUACUGUGGGAA